CCGCCGGCGGGGGCCGCCGGGAGCGGGGGUGGGGUCGGUUUAAACGGUUUGGCCGCUCGGCCGGGCCGGCGGGUUGGAGCCCCCCCUCAGCGGGGAAUAGGCCGGCCCGGCCGUCUUUACCACGCGGAGCCAGGCCUGGGCGCUGCGGAGAGCGAGGUUACCUUGUGUUCUUUCAAAAUGAAUGGUGAAGAGGAAGUCUGGGAAAAACUAGAUGCAGAAUUUGAUCACUGUGUUGUGGAUAUAAAGCCUCAUGUUCUAAAACUACAGUGUAGGUCAGAACGACAAAGGUGUGCACUGUGGAUUAAAAAGCUAUGCGAACCCUCAGGAGCAGGCACAGGAGUGGCGGGAAGGAAGAAUAGAAACCUAUAUGCAAAACUUUUGCUCCACAUGCUAAAGCGAGGUGUGCUGGAAGGUCCUUUUACACAUAAACCAGAACCAGGGAUACUGAAGACUUUACCUUCAUACAUGUCAAUUUAUUGUGAUGAAGCAAAUACAAGAGUUCGGAGUAGUAGCCCAGACUGCUUACCUGACUGGGUAGUGGGAGAACUAAGAAACAGUGAAUCUAAGCAGGAAGAAUCAUGGAAGGUAUCAUCUAAAGAGGAAUUACCUUUAGCAACGCCACUUACAUAUGGGGAAAGAUUCAAGUACGAUGGGAAGUCAGCAUUAAGAUCACAUUCUAUGAGUCCUCCUCGCCAGACAGAUAGAGAUAACCUAGCCACACCACUGUCUGACCAUCGUCAUAAAAAACCCAGUUCUUUGGAUGACAGUGACCUUGAAGCACGUCUCAAUAGUUGGAAUCUUGGGUUAGAAAAUCCAAGAUACUUGCGAGAAAAACCGAUGCCAAUGUCUUUGAUGACACCCAAAUUUGGCCUAGGAAAAAGUAGCACUUUCCGUGAUGAACAGACACUAUUUCGAAUGCAUGAAAAAGAGCUGGACAUAAAAAUGAAAAUAGCGGAAGGUAAAUUUCAUGAAGAAAAACUUAAAUUACAGCAGAAGCAUGAUACUGAUAUUCAAAAGAUUUUGGAUAGAAAGAAUGAUGAAAUAGAGGCAUUGAAGUCCCUCUACAAAAACAAACAAAACGAAGCUGAAGAGACGAUCAGAAAACUGGAGAAAAAAGUGCAGACCCUUGUUCGUGAAUCACAAGUCGUCAGAGAAGCAAAAGAGAAGCAGAUUAUGGAGCUGAAGAAGAUGUGUGAGCAAAGCAGUGAUUCUUUGAAAAAUGAGUGGGAGAAAAGGCUUCACAAUGCUGUGGCUGAAAUGGAAAAGGAGAAGUUUAAUAUUCAGAAGAAGCACACAGAAGAUAUACAGGAACUGGUUGAGGACACCAAUGCUUGUCUUAGCAAAAUGGGGGAAGAUUAUAUGGAACAGAUAAAGUCAACUAACCAGACAGUCAAAAAACUAGAGGCUCGUGUCCAGCAGUUGACUGUUGAAGCUGAAAAUAGUAAUUUACAGCGUGAAAAAUUAUCUCAAGAAAAAACUGAUGCAGAACAACGUUACCAGGCAGUACGCUCGGAACUUCAAGAAAUGAAAGCAAGGCACAGCUCACUUCAGAAAGACAAGGACCGUAUUAUACAAGAAUAUGAGGAGAACAUUCAGCAACUACAAAGUAAAUACGAUGUUGAUAUAAAUUUUAUGAAGCAGGAACAUGCUCUCUCUGCAGCUAAGGCAUCUGAUGCAACUGAAGAAUUACAGCAUAGUCUGUCUCAAUUAAAGCAACAGUUACAGGAUUUAGAACAUCAAAGACAGCAACAGCUGAAGGAUCAAGAAUACAAGCUUCAACAGGAAAAACUUCAUUUGGAGCAUGUAUAUGAAAAACAGAUUCAAGACAUCCAGAAUGAUCUUGAUAAAGAAAGAGGAGAUGCUCAAAAGAAAAUUCGCAGACUGGAAGAAGCUUUGAAGGAGAAGGAGGAGCAGCUGACUCGGGUGACAGAGGUACAGAGGCUGCAGGCCCAGCAGGCAGAUGCUGCCCUGGAGGAGUUUAAGCGGCAGGUGGAGCUGAACUCAGAAAAAGUCUAUGCUGAAAUGAAACAGCAGAUGGAAAAGGUUGAAGCAGAUCUAAGCAGAUCAAAAUCGCUCCGUGAAAAGCAAUCCAAAGAAUUCUCCUGGCAAUUGGAAGAGCUCAAGCAAAGAUACGAGCAACAGAUAGUGGAGCUGAAGCUGGAGCAUGAACAGGAGAAGACGCACCUAUUCCAGCAGCACAACGCAGAGAAGGACUGCCUGGUCCGAGACCAUGGACGGGAAAUCGAGAAACUGGAAAAACAGCUUUGCGCUGCCAUGGCAGAGCAUGAGAGUAAAACUCAAGAAUGCAGGAAACGAGACACACAGGUUAUCUGUGAUAUGGAGAACCAAAUCCACAAGCUGAGGGAAGAGCUUGUCCAGGUGAACGCUCAGUGGAAGAAUCAGCUGCUGGAGCUGAACCAUCAGUGGGAAGAGGAGAAGCAGAGGGCAGCUCGAGACCAUGAGACAGCAGUGAAUAAGCUGAAAGUGGAGGCAGAAAAAAUGACAUUAGACCUGAAAAAAUUACAUGUGUCAGAAACAGAGGUGGCCUUGGACAAGGCAAACAGCCGGCUGAAGCAGACUGAGAAGGAGUACAGUCAGAAGCUGGCUAAAUCCUCGCAGAUCAUAGCUGAGCUUAAGACAACGGUUGCGUCCUUGGCGGAGGAGAGCAGCCGGCAGCAGCUCACCGCCCAGCAGCAGCUGCAGGAAGUUGUACAGAAGUUUGAAGAUACGAAGCAGCAGCUGAUAACGGAUAAUGACCGAGCGAUCAAGGUCUUACAAGAUGAAGUGGAGAGUUACCGCCUUCAGGCACGGGCUGCAGAGAAGAAGCUGCAGCGCAGGGAGCUGGAGACCCACGAGCAGAUGACCCACAUACGACAAGAAUAUGAAACCACACUCAAAGGACUGAUGCCAGCAUCUUUGAGACAGGAACUUGAAGACACCAUUGCAUCUUUAAAAUCUCAGGUAAAUAUGCUGCACAAAAGAGUCGCUGUCCUUCAGGAAGAGCUGAAUGCCUGCCACGCCAGAAGGUGGCUGCCGGAGCUGUCGGACUCGUGCGAUUGCCAAACGGACUGCUUUGAAUAGGUUUGAAGAUUUGGCUCUUGUAAAUUAAAAUGCAAAGAUCAGUGGCUCUUUUGUUAGCACAUGAAGUGUAAUGAAGUUCAUGAAAACACAUUCAUUGCUUGUGCCAGCGUGUUUUUAGUUGUAUCUUCCAUGAUUUUUUUUAUCAUUCUCUUACUACAGACUUAACGCUUUCAAUAUACUGUGUGUUUGACGCCGUGCUGAGCUUGCUUACCGAGCGAGUAGUUUCCUCUACUAAUAUUUUUAUUAUUACUUCCCAGUACCAUUCUUUUCACUUUUAUACAUGAAGGAAACUCAGUUUUCUAUUAUUAUUGUCCGAGAUAUUUUAACAUAUUUUGACAUUGUUUUGUGUCCAUGUGUUUACAUAAUAUUAAAAUAUUAUUAUUUUGUACUA